GUCAUUUGUCAGUUACCGGGUGGUCUUGUGAAGUUUUCAUUGAGGAGCAAAAAAGUGUAAUCAUAUGAGGUAAAGCAUACGUCUGUCCAGGAGAAGGAGCGUGUGCGACCGCUGUUGUGUAGGUUUUUCAGAAGGAAAGAAUAGUCACGCCUUAACGCAUUUCAAGUGGUACAACUAUAACCAAACUUAAUGAGAAUAAAGAAAAAGGACGCCUUACAAACUGUGUUCACUCCAUGGCGGAUUAUGAAUUUGCAACUUGUUUACAGUUUAAAUUAUAAUUGUUCUCUGUCUAGAGCGCGGGGCUGGAGAUAAUGGUAGUAUUUAUUUCCUGAUAGCUUACUUGUGGUCCACAGCCAAGACAACCGUUAUUGACAAGUAGAAACAGCCUGAGAUAAACUUCUCCAUCUUAACAAGCCGUUACUGGCAUCAGUGUUUGUUAAAUAAUUAUCGUUCUGAUCCGCAUCAACUCUUAAUCCUACUGGUCUAUGUAUGCGGUCUUGGAUGCAGGGUGUCGAAACUUGGGCAUAGGACGGUGCAGUGCUUAAACUUUUCUCGGUUGAUAUAUGGCUAAUCAAAAGCGUUGUUUUAUACUUUGACUUCAAGAAAGGAUGUCGGAGACGGCAACGGGACAAUGCCCUCUCACCUGGACUUUGUAGAGAGCUGCAAGGGUGCAUUGAUAUACCCUAAUGCAAGAUAGCAGCGUAUCAUCAGAAGAUUGCUGUCUGUUACAUAUUCAACAAAUUCUAAGGAAUGGCUUCCCAGGUGGUGUGCGGACUGAUCUUCAGGCUGCUUCUGCCAGUUUGUCUCGCUGCAGCGUGUCUGUUCCGGUACAAUGGGCUCUCAUUGGUCUACCUCAUCUACCUCCUCCUCAUCCCGCUGUUUUCAGAACCCACCAGAACAACAAUGCAAGGCCACACAGGGCGCUUGCUUAAGUCCUUGUGCUUCACCAGUCUGGCCUUCCUGCUGCUGCACGUUAUCUACCAGAUCACCAUCAACAGUCUACUAGCAGGGGACAGCAUAAAUCCUAACUUCAAUUGCUCAACAUGGGAGAAGGCGCUGCGACAGCUGGGCUUGGAAAAUGUCAGGGGAGCAGACGCAGGAAACGGCAUCCGUGUGUUUAUCCCAGACAUCGGCAUGUUCGUGGCGGGCCUGGUCACAUGGAUCCUGUGUCUGAGUCUGGAGGAGAAGCCUCAAGGGAAUGACGCGUUACAGCAGCAUAAUGCCUACCCAGACAAUCAGGAAAAGAUGGAAGAGGAAGAAGAAGAGGAGGAAGAGAAAAGGGAGGAGGAGUUUGGGGAGGACCACCUGAUGUUUGAAGAGGAUUUUGAGACAGGGGAGGACGGAGAGGGAGAUAUAACAGGUGACGAGGUGGAGGAAGCAGGAGAGGAUGAAGGAGAAGAAGAGGAGGAGAGCACCAAGAUGAAGAUGCUUCGCCAGAUGGCAUCAGUGGCGUCCAAAGUCAAGGAGAUCGUUGGGAAUCUUAUUACCACUGCUGGGAAAGUAGUGGUGACCGUUUUACUGGGUCUCACAGGGGUCAUGCUGCCCUCCCUGACCUCUGCCGUCUACUUCUUCACGUUCCUGGCCCUGUGCACCUGGUGGUCCUUCUGCCGAAACUUUGACCCCCUGGUCUUCAGCUGCCUUUGUGUCCUCAUGGCCAUCUUCAGCGCCGGUCACCUGCUGGUCCUUUAUCUUUACCAGUUCCAGUUCUUCCAGGAGCUCAUUCCACCCGGGGACAGCUACGCCAGUCUGUUUGGCAUCUCGUCUGUGGUCCAGACGGACUGCAGCUACACCUGGAUGUUCCGGGUCAACCCGGCUCUAGCCUGGCACCACUACGUCAACCCCAUCAUGCUGCUGGUGCUCUACUACACCCUGGCCACGCUCAUACGCCUCUGGCUGCAGGACCCCGCGGACGGGGUGCCUGAUGGGGGAGAUCUGGGUAAAGGGGAGGAGUCUAUGAUCAAUAACAUCCCUCACACAGCAGAGAAGAAGAGAGAGCUGUGGCGGAUGACUCACAUCAAUACAGAUGAGAGAAAUCUUCAUUCAACCCAAGAUGGAUGCUGCACAUCUGAGCUCCUCAUGGUGACGUCCAGCGGCUCCCCUUCGGACUGUGCUCCCACCAAUAGCCUGCCUGGACAAGACUUGUGCAACACACCGCAGUACAACCCAGACCCACCUGGGCCAGACCCGGAGAGAAAGGCGGGCAGUGUCUAUGAGGUGGCACAGGGCGAGGGGUCAAAUGAAAACACGGCAGGAGGGGAGAUGGUGUCUCUGACCAAGGAGCAAGUGAAUGCCGCGGUCACUGCCUUCAGGUUCAUCAUGAAGCAAAGCUACAUAUGUGCUCUCAUUGCCAUGAUGGCUUGGAGCAUUACUUACGUCAGCUGGCUAACCUUCGUGUUCCUGAUCUGGUCUUGCACGUUGUGGAUGGUCCGUGACCGACGCAGAUACGCCAUGGUCACCUCUCCCUUCAUGGUGUUCUAUGGGAACCUGCUGAUCAUCCUACAAUACAUAUGGAGUUUUGAGGUUCUCCGCCCUGUGCCUGGGCUCUUCUUGAAGAAAGAGGUGCCCUUCCGGGAAUUGGGCUCCAAGAUGCUGUGCCUGUUGAGUUUCUGGCUACUGCUGAGACAGGCACUGACAGAGAGAAAGGAGAGGCAGAGAGGAGAAGAGGUGUUGUCGGAUAUCAGGGUCAUUGAUCCCCUAAGGAAGGACAAGGAGGAGGGGAGUGGAGGACACCGGGAGAUGAUGCAGGUGUUGGGCAGCACGCUCAUGGCUAUGAUGAACAAGUACUGGAUCUACAUCUGUGGCGGCAUGUUCUUCUUCGUCAGCUUCGAGGGACGCAUCGUCAUGUACAAGAUCAUCUACAUGAUGCUGUUUCUCUUCUGUGUAGCCUGUUAUCAGGUGAACUAUGAGUGGUGGAGGAGGAUGCUGAAGUAUUUCUGGAUGUCUGUGGUGGUCUACACCAUGCUGGUCCUCAUCCUGGUCUACACCUUCCAGUUUGACUCCUCCAUCCAUGUCUGGUCCAACAUGACUGGCAUGAGCAAAGAAAAACUAAAGGAUCUGGGUCUGGAGAAGUUCUCUGUCCCGGCUCUGUUCACACGGAUCUUCAUCCCGACCUCCUUCCUCCUCGUCUGCAUCCUCCACCUGCACUACUUCCACCAGCGCUUCCUGCUGCUCACGGACAUCAAGACGAUGGCCGACCAACAGAAGAGCACCAUCUCCAGGCUGGUGCACCUCGAUGGCAGUCUGGCAGACAUUUCCCUGAUUAAACCCACCCUCGCUGUCACUACUGAAGACCAAGAGGCUGUGGAGAAAGUGUGGACGGGAGAGGAGGAGAAGGAGGAGGAGAAGAGAAGGUGGCAAGAAGACGAGGAGGAGCUCUGCCAGAGCCUCCACCUCCAAUCUCUGACAGAGCCUCCUGUUGAGGAGAUGUCAGAUCUGCGGAGUAAGUGGCAUCUCGUGGUGGACCGUCUGACGGUGCUGUUCCUCAAGUUCCUGCAGUACUUCCAGCAGCUGCAGCUGACCGUCUGGUGGCUUCUGGAGCUCCACAUCGUCAAGAUCGUGUCCUCCUACAUCAUCUGGGUGUCCGUCAAAGAGGUGUCUCUGUUCAACUACGUGUUCUUGGUGAGCUGGGCGUUCGCGCUGCCCUUCAGUCAGUUCAGGCCCCUGGCCUCCAGCGUGUGCACUGUCUGGACCUGUGUCCUCAUUGUCUGCAAGAUGCUCUACCAGCUCACCUCCAUAAACCCGUCCACAUACUCCAAGAACUGCUCCAUGCCUCUAAACUACACGGAGGUUCAGAGGAGUGAAAUGGCUCGUUCCCUGCUCUACAGCGGCCCCGUGGACCCGGCCAACUGGGUUGGCCUCCGCAAGUUCUCCCCACUUCUGGAGAACCUGAGGAACAACCUGUUGAUGCUAGCCCUCCUGGCGUUCGAGGUGACCAUCUACCGCCACCAGGACCUGUACCGCAUGAGGAGCAACCUCACUGCCCCCGUCACCCGAACCGUCUUCCACGACAUCACCCGACAACACCUUGACGACGGCAUCCUCAACUGUGCCAAGUACUUCAUCAACUACUUCUUCUAUAAGUUUGGCCUGGAGACGUGCUUCCUGUUAGCGGUGAACGUUAUUGGCCAGAGAAUGGACUUCUAUGCCACACUUCACGCUUUCGGCCUGAUUAUGGUGAUCUACCGACGACAGCGCAAGGCCAUCGCAGAGAUCUGGCCCAAGUAUUGCUUCUUCCUGGCCUGCAUGCUAACCUGGCAAUACCUCGUCUGCAUUGGCUUUCCCCCGGCCGCCUGCAAAGAUUACCCAUGGAGGUUCCCCUCAUCCAUCACAGACUCAAAUGUCAUCAAGUGGCUCUACUUCCCUGACUUCCACACCAAACCCAACCCCUUGUUCCUGCUCUAUGACUUCAUGCUGCUUCUGUGUGCGUCGCUACAGAGGCAGGUGUUCGAGGAGGAGAACGAGGUGUCCGUGCGUCUCCUGGCCGGAGACAACAUAGAGAUCUGCAGAGACCUGGACGCCGCCUCCUUCAGCCAGCACAACCCCGUCCCAGACUUCAUCCAUUGCCGAUCAUACUUGGACAUGCUGAAGGUGAUCAUGUUCAGCUACCUGUUCUGGUUUGUGCUCACCAUCAUCUUCAUCACUGGCACCACGCGUAUUUCCAUCUUCUGCAUGGGCUACCUGGUGGCUUGCUUCUACUUCCUGCUCUUCGGUGGCGAACUGCUGCUCAAGCCAAUAAAGAGCAUCCUGCACUACUGGGACUUCUUGAUCGCCUACAAUGUGUUUGUGAUCACAAUGAAGAACAUCCUCUCUAUACUAGCCUGUGGAUACAUUAAGGCCCUUGUCACCAACCACUGUUGGCUCAUCCAGCUCUUCAGUCUUGCCUGCACAAUAAAGGGCUAUUCUAAACCCGAGCAGCAGGCUCACAAACACUGUGAGUUGCCUAGCGACGAGGCAGGCAUCAUCUGGGACAGCAUCUGUUUUGCCUUUCUGUUGCUACAGCGACGUGUCUUCAUGAGCUACUACUUCCUCCAUGUGGUUGCUGACAUCCGCUCCUCUCAGAUCCUCGCCUCCAGAGGGGCUGAGCUGUUCCAAGCCACCAUAGUGAAAGCUGUCAAAGCAAGAAUUGAAGUGGAGAAAAAGUCAAUGGAUCUGCUGAAGAGACAAAUGGAUCGCAUCAAGAGUCGUCAGCAGAAGUUCAAGAGGGGGAAGGAGAAGAUGUUGAGUUUGGCUCAGGAGAGCGAAGACGCCGGACCCAUCAAAGAGGAGGAGGACGAGGAUGAAGAUAAAGAAAAGGCAGACAAAGAGAAGACCAGAGGGAGGAGGAAACAGUGGUGGAGGCCGUGGGUGGAUCAUGCAUCCAUGGUGAGAAGUGGUAACUAUUACCUAUUUGAGACGGACAGUGAGGAAGAGGAGGAGGAGGAGGAUAAAAAGGAAGCAGAGCAGCCCAAGAAGUCUGCAUUUCAGUUUGUCUACCAUGCCUGGAUCACGGACUCCAAAACAGCCAUGAAGGAGCGCAGCAAAGAGAAACAAAGCUUCUGGAGGAAAUACACUGAGGGGAGCAGCAGUAGCAACAACAAGCCGAGGAAGGAGGACCAGAGGGAAGUUGAUGUUGCUUUCGAGGCGGAGGAGGGGGAGGAUGACAAAGAGCAGACAGAUGGGCCAGACAAUGUCCUGAAGCGGGUCUUCAACAUAGUCAAGUUCUCCUGGGUGCUUUUCUUGGCCAUGCUGGACAGUUUCACGGCCUGGAUCAAUUCCAUGUGUCAGGAGCACAUCGACAUCUCCACUGUGCUUCGCAUUGAGCGCUGCAUGCUUACACAUGAGGUCAAAAAGGGGAACAAGCCAUCGCGGGAGAGCAUCCAUGUGUACUACCGCAAGCAGAUGUGUAAAGCCACGUCCAGUGAGUCCGACCUGGGGAGGACUGAGGAGGAGAUGUGCCAAGACUGCAUCCCCCACAAGUCUGAGCAGCAAAGCUGUUCCUGUUUGGAGAGUCAAGACUCAACACUCUCUCAUGGUAGCAUGUCCAGUGCAUACACAGAGAAUACACUGCUGUACUCCUGCCGCUCCACCCUGGACCACUCCGACACGGGCCCUGACAGCACCCAGGUGCCUAGGACCAGUGAGCGUGCCCGUCCUAAACUCUGUGAGAUGAAGGGCCUAGACCGGGAGUAUACCUCCUCCUCAGCGGACAGUGGAGGCAGCCAGGCUGGUGAGUACACGGCCCUCAGCUUCCACCAGGGAACAGCCGACCAUGACCUCCAGGACCCCCGCUCGUCCAACACUGAGACCCCAUCCACCUCCACCUCCCCUGGGCUGUAUGUGGACCCCGUGGGGGGUCUCCUUUCCAGGUCCCAGGGUUUGGACUGGGACAGUGUCCUGGAGGCGGAACUGUCAGGGUGGGGCCGUAGACCGUGCUGCCACGGUGAGCUCCAGCUCUACCAUCCGGACCUCCCCAUCACCACCCCCACAGAGACUGACAUCCCCCCCUCGUACAGCAGGGCUACGGGCCUGGACAGGGAGGGGGCAGACCAGGCCUCAUCCAGCAGAAGCCGUCAUGAGAAGACAAUAGCUGACAAGAAGUCUGACUAUCCACUGGGCACGGCCAGCUCCAGCAUGCCCUCCCUUACCUAUGAAAUGACUGCCAGCGAUCUGCUACGCAGCAGGAUGUUCUACGACGAAGAGCUGGAAGACUCUGAGCGUUUCUAUGGCAACCAGCCCGCCCUGCUGCAGCUGCUGUAUGCGCUGUACAAUGUGCUGGUGGCCCACUCCGAGAUGGUCUGCUACCUGGUGAUCAUCCUCAACCACAUGAUCUCAGCCUCGGUGGCCACGCUCGUUCUGCCCAUCCUCAUCUUCCUCUGGGCCAUGCUGUCUGUCCCCAGGCCCAGCAAACGCUUCUGGAUGACCGCCAUCGUCUACACAGAGGUCACCAUUGUGAUCAAAUACUUCUUCCAGUUUGGUUUCUUCCCCUUCAACCAGAACAUUGAGCUGGACAAGUCCAAACCAUUCCACCCUCCCAACAUCAUCGGCGUGGAGAAGAAGGAGGGAUAUGUGCACUACGACCUGGUUCAGCUCCUGGCCCUCUUCUUCCACCGGUCCAUUCUCAAGUGUCACGGGCUGUGGGACGAGGACGACCCCAGGGGGAGAGAAACCCUCGGUCCGGACAUGGAGAAGCGGAGCAGGUCCAGACGUGAGGAGAAACAGGCCUCGGGGCGCAGCAGCUCCCUGCUGGAGUCGGUACGCACCCGCUUACCCCGCCACCCCCUGUCCACCUUCACCCAGCAGCGGCGCAAGAGCUCCAGCUCCACCUCCCACCUCUCCCAGCGCACCCUGCGCUCCACCCGCACCAGAGGAGACAGUGUGAGCUCAAAGCCCAGCCUGCGGAGACGGGGAAGCGAGCUGAGUGUCCAGCAGAUGAGCAGGAAGGACAUGAUCUUGGAGAAACUCAGGGAGCAACUCAUCAAAGCCAAGACUUUUACUGUCGAGAAAACUCUGGAGAUCUACGUUCCCAUCCGUCAGUUCUUCUACAACCUGAUCCACCCAGAGUACAGCGCUGUCACAGAUGUCUACGUGCUCAUGUUUCUGGCAGACACAGUCGACUUCAUCAUCAUUGUUUUUGGGUUCUGGGCUUUUGGGAAACACUCUGCUGCGGCUGAUAUAACUUCCUCUCUGUCAGAGGACCAGGUCCCAGAGGCCUUCCUGGUCAUGGUGCUGAUCCAGUUUGGCACCAUGGUGGUGGACCGGGCCCUGUACCUCCGUAAAACUGUCAUGGGGAAAGUCAUCUUCCAGGUCAUCCUGGUGUUCGGCAUCCAUUUCUGGAUGUUCUUCAUUCUGCCUGGAGUCACAGAGAGACGGUUCAGUCAGAACGCUGUGGCCCAGCUGUGGUACUUCUUCAAGUGUAUCUACUUUGGUCUGUCGGCAUAUCAGAUCCGGUGUGGCUAUCCCACCCGCGUCCUGGGCAACUUCCUCACCAAGAGCUACAACUACCUCAACCUCUUCCUGUUUCAAGGGUUCCGCCUGGUCCCCUUCCUGACGGAGCUACGGGCCGUGAUGGACUGGGUCUGGACGGACACCACCCUCAGCCUGUCCAGCUGGAUCUGUGUAGAGGAUAUCUACGCACACAUAUUUGUCCUCAAGUGCUGGAGGAUGUCAGAGAAGAGAUACCCUCAGCCUCGCGGGCAGAAGAAGAAGAAAGUGGUGAAGUACGGAAUGGGAGGGAUGAUUGUCAUGCUGCUAAUCUGCAUCGUCUGGUUUCCACUGCUCUUCAUGUCCCUGGUCAAGUCCGUAGCCGGAGUGGUCAACAAACCCCUGGACGUAUCCGUCACCAUCACUCUCGGAGGCUUUCAGCCCAUAUUUACAAUGAGUGCACAGCAAAAUCAGCUGAAGGACAUCAGCAAAGCAGAUUUUGAAGACUUCAUGAAUUCGUACAACUACAUUCCGUCAGCAAUGCAGUUCCUGGAGGCGUACACAUCAGAGGACGUGACCGUGGCGGAGCUGGAGGGCAGUUCCAACUCCUUGUGGACCAUCAGCCCGCCCAGCAGGAACAACCUAAUGGAUGUUCUCAGCAAGGAGGAACACUUCCCGGUCACCAUGUCCUGGACCAUACACAGGAAUUUCAGUCUUGGAGCCAAAGCUGAAGUGGCAACAGAUAAACAUGUAACAUAUCUAGAUAUGACAACACGACAAGAGUUGAUAGAUCUACUAAAUGGCACUAGAAACCAACCUGUGGUGAUAGAACAAGUCUUCCCAUGCUUCCUCAGAGCUCCCAGUGACUCCAAUGCCAAACCUAUCGAACAACUCUAUAAAGACAACAGCUACAAGAACAUCCUUUUAGACCUGGAGAGAACCCACAACAGCAGCGGUGAGAUCCAGGAGUGGUGGAUUGUGGACCAGCCGUCGGCAGGCCAGAUCCAGAUGAGAAGUGCAGCGCUGGGGAAGAAGAGAGAGGCCGGCCUCAAGCUCUAUGUGUUCAGUGAUAAAGUCAGCCCGCCAAGUCUGGGAUUCCUGGCAGGAUACGGGAUCAUGGGUCUUUAUGCCUCGGUGGUGCUUGUCAUCGGUAAGUUUGUGCGCGAGUUCUUCAGCGGCAUCUCCCACUCCAUCAUGUUUGAGGAGCUGCCUGCGGUGGACCGUAUCCUGAAGCUGUGUACCGACAUCUUCCUGGUCCGGGAGACCGGCGAGCUGGAGCUGGAAGAAGACCUGUAUGCCAAGCUCAUCUUCCUCUACCGAUCACCAGAGACUAUGAUCAAGUGGACCAGGGCUCAGAAAACUAAGUGAAAGAGACACCUAGUGGGCAACAGACGUGAAGUAAAAAAAGAAAAUCGGCUAGAUUGGAAAACCACAAUCCAGCAGGAAGUAGCUAGCUAGCUCGCUAUGGGCUCCCUGCUGCGACUGUGAUAAGGGGACCCUUUCCCUAUCAAGCCUGGCGUGAAACGGUGUGACCCACAUGUGAAAGGUGACUCUGAAGAAGCGGUUUUUUUAUACUUUUGUACACGUUUAGUACAAUUAUGAAGAACUGCAGCCAUCAGUCAGUGUGCUUGAGAUGUCAGAGACAACUGCUGUCCUACCGGCCAUUAGGGAUCUGGCCUUCUUCCUAUUGGGAAAUGUACCAUGGGUUGUGCAAUAUACUGUCCUAAAAGCUGGCUGUAAACCUCAACAGACAUGUUUUCUUGAGCUACCACGGGAGAGAUGGGAACCAAAGCAGAAAUGUGGGCAGCAACUGAGACACUAGCCACUUUUAUUUUCCAAUAUAAGUUCUUUACAGUAGACUACCUGCAAGUGUUUUGGCAAGACAGCGUUGAGGGGCUGUGACAUCGAAGACAAGUUAACAAUACUCUGUUUCCUUUAUUUAGCUUCUACAGAGUAAUCAAGGGAGUUGUGGCUGUCGCAAGACAUUGUUCUCAGGAAAUGCAUUUCAUCUCACCAGAAAGGGAGUAUGUUUUUUGUUUUAACCUGUAGGACUAAGAACAAACAAAAAUUGAGGGAAAAACAGUGAUGUUGUGAUGAAUACUGUAUAAAUCAUUAACACACCUAGACUAUAGAUUAUAUUUCUUUGGGAUUCUGGAGCAUGUCCUUCUUGGUGGAACCUGUGAAUUGAGGAGGGCUUCACACAGUCAUUGCAAUGUGUAACCCGUUUUGUGUCCUGACAUCUGUAUUAUUUGGGCCUGGAUUCAAUAUGUUCCAGCAUUAACUGACAACUGCAUAUCAACUUAAUCAGUGCAUAGAUUAGUGUUUAAACAUGUAACAAGAGGAUGUAUAGAAUAUUAAUGGAACACUUAGCAUCCAAAGGCAACUUCUGGGACCAUUCUAACACUGGGAGCUGCUUGCCGAUUUAACAGCAACGUAAUUGUUUGUUAUCACUGUCGGUAAAGAUCUGAUUGAACCUAGCCCAUACAACCAAAAUGUGAUCAAGGCCAAGAAAUCUAUGCAUUGGAAAAUGCAGUAUUGUUUUGUGUAAAUGUAAAGAUCUUUAGUGUAAGAAAUCACGUUUUGGUGUUACUGUGGUUCAGCAACCUAAACAUAAAGCACAUGUUU